ACAACAUAAAGCCUGAGUUUAAUUGCAAGAGUUCGAUGAAUCUGAUUAUGCAAUAAACCAAUCUGGCAUUUAUGUCGCUGUUGAAUCUCACUUCGUCUUCUUCAUCAUCUAUCCAUGUCCUUUUCCUUCAAUCUCUCUCCUUCCUUCCUCCCCCUUAUCCUCUCUAAUCAGUUCUCUCUCUCUCUCUAUAUUCACUGUUCAUCUGCUCUCUCUAUGAAUCUGUCUCCUUUGAUCUGUUUUCCUGAACGCCAGCAACGAUUGAACCGUUGAAUCAGGUCUCUGUUUAUAGAUUCCGGGUUUUGUGUCGGAAAAUGAGAUCUGGGUCGGAGGAUAAGGGGAUAUGUUACGGAUUAGGACCGGCGGCGCCGGCGAUUUCCAACGGUAGCGGAGGAGCUAUCAGCUUCGAGUUUCACAAGACGGGUUCGAACCGGACACCGAACCACCACCGGUCGGCGAUGGGGAAACCGACGCCGUCGAAAUGGGACGACGCUCAGAAAUGGCUCUCCGGCGUAGGCUUAACCCACAAGAGCCAUUACUCGAAGAGUGGCACCAAACCCAGAAACUCCAACGCCGAUGACCGGAGGCUCAUCGCCUCCGCCUCACAGAGAGAGCGAGAAGCGGCGGCGGAGGAGGAGGAAGAAGACGAAGACGGCGACUGUGGGCCGAGCGGACCGCCGGAGGUGCAGACGAAGAAGGUAGAUUCAGAGGAAACGGGUCCGAUUUGGAGGAUCAGUAAGAAACCGCCGGAGAAUAUUCCGGCGACGGAGAUUCGAUCGGUCUGUGUAAGGGAUAUGGGGACAGAGAUGACGCCGAUCGGGAGCCAAGAGCCGUCGAGAACGACGACGCCGGUCCGAAACACGACGCCGGUGGCGCGAAGCCCUGUCUCAUCGCCGGCGAGGGUCAUCGAGCCGGCUCCGGCGGCAGAGACGAAGAGGCAAGUGGCCAGCAACGUAAGCGAUGGCAGGGUGGGGAAGUCGAUGAAUGAUUUGGAAGCUCGAGCCAUGGCGUGGGACGAAGCCGAACGGGCCAAGUUCAUGGCAAGGUAUAAGAGGGAGGAGGUGAAGAUCCAAGCAUGGGAGAAUCACCAGAAGAGGAAAGCCGAGAUGGAGAUGAAAAAAAUGGAGGUGAAGGCGGAGAGGAUGAAGGCGAGGGCAGAGGAGAAGCUGGCGAAUAAGAUGGCGGCGACAAGGCGGAUAGCGGAAGAGAGGCGGGCGAACGCGGAGGCAAAGCUAAACGAAAAGGCGGUAAGGACGUCGGAGAGGGCAGACUAUAUAAGGAGGACAGGCCAUUUGCCAUGUUCCCUCUCCUUCAAACUCCCUUCUCUUUGUUGGUAGGAGGCCCUCCUUCUUCUCUUUGUAGUUUCACUUUCACCUUCUUUCAUAUUUUUUUUCUUUACAAACAAAUUUUUUUUCCAUGUAUUUCUACAUUUGUUUAAGGAUUAUUACUAAGCAAUAGUUUGUUCAAAAUCAUA